AUGUCAUCUCAUCAAGCUUCCAAAAUCUUCGUCAUCGGAGGCACAGGAGCUCAAGGAAUACCUGUCGUCAAGGCUCUUGUCGCCGACAAGAAAUAUCAAGUUCGGGCUUUAACCCGUAAUACAAAAUCCGCUCGAGCCCAAGAACUCCUCGCCUUAGGUAACGUUGAACUGCUCGAAGGUACCUUUGCCGAUGAGGAUGUUCUUCGUGCAGGAUACAGAGGUUGUGAUGGAGCAUUCAUCAACAUUGAUGGUUUCAAUUCUGGUGAAAAAACCGAAAUGUUUUGGACAAUUCGUUCUUAUGAAUUUGCCAUUCAAGAAGGAAUCAAAUUCUUCGUCUAUGGAAACUUGGAUUACGCAUUGAAGAAGAGUGGAUGGCAAGAGAAGUAUCAUGGUGGUCAUUAUGAUGGAAAGGGAAGAAUUGGUGAAUGGAUUUUAUGGCAAAAUCAAAGUAACCCUAAUGGAAUGGGAGCGGCAUUAUUUACCACAUGUCCAUAUAUCGAAAUGUCCAUCACAACCGGAACAGUUAUGACGCCUGCUGUAGAGGAUGGUGUCGUAACAUGGAGAGUUCCAAUAGGAGAUGGUGCUGUUCCCCACGUUUAUUUGGAAGAUUGUGGAUUUUAUGUCCGAUGGUUAUUUGAUCAUCCUGAACGUACUAAUGGGAUGGAUCUCGAAGUUGCUAUUGCCGAUAUCUCAUAUACCGAAUUGGCAGCUGCAUUUGAAAAGGUCACAGGUCAUCCUGCUCAAUUUAUCCAUACAGAGUUCGAGGAAUAUUUUCAGCGAUUUGGACCACUAGCUGAUACACCAGCUGGAUUCAAUGCGGAUCCAAAAGAUAAGGCAACAAUGACUUUAAAAAGAAAUUUCACCGGUUGGUGGAAUUUGUGGAGAGAUAGAGUGGUGACGAGGGAUUAUAAGUUGUUGGAUGAGAUUCAUCCCGGAAGAGUCAGAACUGCUGAGGAAUUCUUUAGGAGAGAGGAUGAGAGAUUGAAGAAGGAAUCCGGUGGAAAGACUGGCUUGUGGGAAAGUGUUCAACCCGGGCAUGAGAGACAUAGUUUGAAAUUGACCGAAGAUGGAAGAAGGGGAAUCCUUUGA